AUGUCUCAGCAGUGGCAGCUGCCGUGGUGGAAGCAGAUUGUGCUCGACCAUGACUACCGGCGGCGUAUCACCAAGCUCUCGGCGGAGCGCUACCGUGAGGAGAUGGCUCUGCUGCAGGACUUCCCCGAGCAGCUGGCCCCCGCCAUGUGGGAAGAUGGGACGCCCAUCUACAAUACCGGGCAGUACAUCUGCGUCGAGGAAAAUACAACGCAGUGGGCCAUAAAGCACCCGGAGAGUGUCGUGAAAGUGUCUUCCUUCCGCACCCUGCAAACCGCCGCUGUCGCCGUUGCGGUACCCGGCCGCAAUGAAGAGGAACAGGCAGCACACGUAUUGGAUGAGGUGCGGCUGCUGUACAACAAGGAGAACCCGGCGGAGCGUCUCUACGGGUUGUCGUACGUGUGGAACCGCCCGCUGCCGCCGAACGGAUUUAUUCGCAUGUGGCCAGACCCGCUCUCGGCGAUGUGGCCUGAAAUGCUCGCGGCGGAAUCGCCCCAGCCAAAAGAAGUAACGCAUGCGCUACUGGGUAAGGGAAUCGUCGCCCCUCCGCCGGAUCUCAACACAGCCUGUGCGCAAGACCCGCUCUGCGUGCAUGUUUUCCGCAGGAAUGGAGAAUACUUGGGGGCGUGGCGGCAGAGCCUGCUGCUCGUCCGCUACAAGGUGCUCUGCUGGGCGUUGCAUGAAGAGGAGCGGCAGCGCACGUGCGGUGCUGAGGGCCGCCCGGUUCUUGCAACAGACGCCCCACUGCCGGGCCUUGCCGCCCCAUUGCUGCUGAAGGGCGUGCCGGUGUUUGGUCUCCCACUCCUUCGUAUACAGGGCGGCACAACGACGUUCAGCAGCAAGACGAAGUGCGUCUACGUGGAUAGCAUUGAGCCACCCAAGACGUGGGAGGGCAUCGCGCCGGCACCGUCCGUGUACCGCGCGGAGCAGGCGUACCUGAACUGGCACUCGCUUCACAGAGGAUCCGCGCUGGUCUCUCAGGCGGUGCGGGAUGUGUACGAACUUCUACCGCACGAUGCGGAUGGGCUGCUGACGAAGGAGACGUACGUGGAGUUCGUGUUGGACCUACUGAACCUCUUCUUCCCCACGUACGGCUCCGCGAUGAACCUUGCGAUUGCGGAGGAGGAGUGGGUGUACCGCGGCACGACAGAGCUAGUGAACUUUGAGGCCUUCUACGAGAAGUUCUUCAGCUUCCCCUUUAUAUUCCUCCGUGACCUCAACACCGUGACGCGGGAGCAGUACGCGGAGGUGUGGUGUCUGAUCCGCGUCUGCCUACUCGAGGACGCGGACUCCAUUAUCUUCAGCGCGCGCUGCGUGGCCGGCGGGGUGUCGUCUGCCGCGACGUCGCAGGGGACGCGCCUGAGGUACGGACGCCUGCGCCAGCCCACCACAAUACUCGGUGCCACUCUGAACUCGACGGAGAGGCUGCAGCGCACUGUGCGGCGGCGUGCCCCACCGCUCAUCAGCAACAUCAACGGCGUGACGUAUGGUGACAUUGUGCAGCUCGCAGAAACGAACUUUCACAACGCCGACAACUACCCACUCCAUAGCGUAAAGCAGAAGGCGGCGGUGCAGGUCGAAAAGAAGCUGCGCGACUUGCCACCCUCCCGUGCCAUUGCUGUUGUGUACUCAAAGAGCCAGAAGCUGCUUGCGCAGGCCAUCGAGGAGGAGAAAAAGAAGAGGAAGCAGCCGCAACUUGGGAAGAAGGGUGGCAUGAGUAUGGAGAGUGAAAGCCAAUUCACGGCAAAUGGUCGAAGUGUGCUGUCACUGCUGUCCUCCUCGCCUGGACCGAUGGAGUCGACGUCGGGAGGCAGUGAAAGCAUGGCGGGGCGUCGCGCCGCGCUGGAGCAGAUCGAGAGGGAGCGGCACGGGCGAGAGCUGAUCGCCACAUCGACGCUGUACCAGCAUCGACGCCUGCGGUGGCAGACGGAGCGCGCGAAGAUCCAUACGCAUAUUGCCCGCAGCCAUAGCGCGUGGGAAAUGUACCAGCAGGACGUCUACGAAUUCCCACCGGAGACCCUGGAUGAGGAGGAUGCGUUGGUUGCCUAUGUGUCGGACCUCCCCGACGACUUCUUUGACGACAGGCAGUCGCUGCGGGUGCGCUACGGCGUUCACGCGGCCCGCCUUCGCGCCCUCGCAAAGCGGCGACUGGGAAGUACCGCAGAUACGUCGCAGUGGUCUCUCGACCCGGUCACGCUGUCCAGUGUCAACGGCGAUCUGGGGGGACUCUCACAGACGCCGGAGCGUCCGCAACACGCCGCCGUGUCCUCACCCGUCGCCCCCGCCGUGCACAGGGGCAAUGUCAGCAUUACUAGCAGCAGAAGCAAUGCGAAGCCCGAGAGCCGCGGUGGUGUUGAUGGCUGCGCGUCGCCUGAACGCAACGUGAAGAGGUCGCAGCACCAGCCGCAAGAGAUGGGAUGGGACAGCCUCACCACCUCCAUCGCGAAGUUUAGCAACAGCUGGGGGAAAACGCUGCCGUCUGAGGUCACCCUACCCACCGCCCCACCGCCCGAGGCGAAUCCGCCGACUCCAUCCGUGGCCGCGUGCUCACCCUCUGCCUCGUCGUCGUCUUCGUUCAGCUGGACCGCUGGGACGAAACCCGACGAGAAUGGCAGCACGGCCCACACACCAACAGAAAGUGCGGGUAGGGGUGGAGAACACCAGCAAAAUGGGGUGGAUCCAAAACGGGCGUGGCGCCUUCGCAUGCGGAUGAAGCACAAUAUGGACACCCGCUACGCCAAGUUGUUGCAGUCACGUCCGCGUCGCUUCCUUCCGCUCAUCACUGCUGUUAUGAGGAAGAGUAUGGCACCUCCUACUCGUGGGACGGCAAAGACACGUUUGGUCCCGCAAACACAGCGAAGUGGUUGA